AGAUGUACCUAAUCCCUGAGUUGACCCAGAAAAUAGGCAGUCGUUUCAAGAUCUGAUGCGGCAGUCUUUGUGCAUCGUCCCCGCUUGAGCAUGAAGUGUAACCCUGUGGAAUACAGAUUGUAAUCCGGAGGAACCUCGCCUUGCAGAACGAAACCUGAAUAAGACAUUGUAGCACUAGCAAGUCGCUCAACUUUACAACCCAAGCGGAUUUGGCAAGGAGGCAUGGCGGACCACCUGAUGAUGCCCAUGAACCACGGUUCGACGGGCGGCGGUCUCCACGGCUACAGGAUGGGAAUGAACGGCGGCCUGCAGGCAGGUCACCAGCAGCACAGCGUCCAGCCUGGCAUGCGGGCGCUGCCCAACGGCCAGAUGAUGCAGCACUACGGCGGCGGCGGUCCGCAGCAGGCCAACAUGGAGGCGGCCAUGAGGCAGAGACAGGGCUUGGUCACUGGGAUGAACGGAGCCCAGAUGGGCCACCACCACCAGAUGACCCCUGGGAACAUGAUGUACAACGGGCAGGCACAGCAGCAACAGCAUCAUCACAUGCACCAGCAACCGCAGCAGCAGCAUCAACAACAACAGCAGCAGCAUCAACAACAGCAGCAGCAGCAGCAACAACAGCAGCAGCAGCAGCAGCAACAUCCACAACAGGCCCAGCACCCGCAACAGCAACAACAGUUCAUGAACGGGGGAAUGACGUCCCAGCAGCUUAUGGCCAGCAUGCACCUGCAGAAACUCAACACCCAGUACCACGGACACCCGCUGGGGCCUAUGAACGGGAACCACAUGGGGGGCGGGCCCCAGUACCGCAUGGGCCCGGCCCAGCUGGCUAACAUGCAGCACAUGGCAGGCCCGGCCUUGGCCCUCAACGGCAUGGACGCAGACAUGAUCGACGAGGAGGUUCUGACCUCCCUGGUCAUGGAGCUGGGCCUCGACCGGGUCCAGGAGCUCCCCGAACUCUUCCUGGGGCAAAACGAAUUUGACUUUAUCUCUGACUUUGUGAGCAAACAGCAGCCCAGCACAGUCAGCUGCUGAGGUGCAGAGCAGCUGCCCCUGACUGUACUUAUGAGAGAAGAGACACCGGGGGG